UAUGGGAGCUACCAUAUCUCUUCCUGGGAGCCCGGGCAGUUAUGGAGCCAGGGGCCCCUCGGAAAGUUGGAGGGGCCUCGAGGAGGCGGGCCAAAGUGGGUGGUGGGUGUUAGGGGGGAACUCUCCGCUUUCCAGUCCGGGUGACUCAGGGCCCAGCUGCUCCCGCGUCACAUGAGGCGGGCAGACACCCAGCGGGGGAGGGGGCAGCAGUGGCUGGAGCCGGGGCGGGGCCGCAGCGGGCGGGGCCAGUGUUGGGGGUCGGAGCAAAGGGAACGAGAACAUUUGCGGGAAGAGGAUCUCGGAGCGUCCGGGACACCAGGCCAGCAGCCAUGGCAGUCGAAGGAGGAAUGAAAUGUGUCAAGUUUCUGCUCUAUGUCUUAGUGUUGGCCUUCUGGGCCUGUGCGGUGGGGCUGAUCGCAGUGGGAGUGGCAGUCCAAUUCACCUUGAACCACACCAUACCCAUUGGGGCUACAGCCGUGUCUGUGGUGCCUGUUGUCAUCAUCGCCGUGGGCGCCUUUCUCUUCCUGGUGUCCUUCUUGGGCUGUUGUGCUACCUGUAAGGAGAACUACUGUCUCAUGACUACGUUUGCCAUCUUUCUGUCUCUCAUUGUCCUAGUGGAGGUGGCUGCAACUAUUGCUGGCUAUAUCUUCAGGGAUAAGGUGAAGUCAGAGUUUGAAGCUGGCUUCCGAGAUCAGAUGAAGGAAUAUGAAAAAAAUAAUGCCACUGCACAGUUCCUGGAUGAAUUGCAGGAAGAAUUCAACUGCUGUGGGGCAGCGAACUACACAGACUGGGAGCACAUACCCCUGACGCCCAAGAACAGGGUUCCCGACUCUUGUUGUGUCAAUGUUACCCUCGGCUGUGGAAGUGGCUUCAAACCUUCGGACAUUAACCAGAAAGGCUGUGUGGAGAGCAUUGGAAAUUGGCUAAAGCAAAAAGCUUUGGUGUUGGCUGGUGUGGCUCUGGGCAUCACAUUUGUGGAGAUCUUGGGAGUUAUCUUUGCCUGCUGCCUCAUGAAGAGUAUCCGAAGUGGCUAUGAGGUGAUGUAGGGCUCCCCUGGGCCCUUCCCCACCUUCUCUUGGCAACAGUGGAGUGGGUUAUGGUGUCCUGGGUUUUUCAAUGAAAAAUGGAUUAUUUUUUUUUUUCACUCUGAAAAGAAGUCAAGUGUCAGUUUA